CAGCUAGUGGGAGUUAUACACCAGCAAAUCGUGGCCCUGCUAGUGGGGAUUAUACACUGGCCGUGACCUAUAGAGGAGACGUCUAUUUCGUUCCCAUACUGUAUCCGUUUUGCGUGAUUGCACAUAUGGCAUGCUAUUAGUUUAAAUAAGGGGCACUCCAUAUUUACUUACUGAGUUUAUCUCAUAGUUUUCCUUGUUCACCAUUUCAGGAAAUGAAACCGAGGACGGGAAACCACGGGAAGUGACGAGUUAGAAGGCUAGCCAUAUUGUAAUUUGAUAUGAAUUUUAGAAACAAAUCAUGAUCUUGUAUUUGGAGAUUUUAUUGGAGAUUUAUGAUAUCAGAGAGAUUUUAUAAUUUGAUCUUCAGAUUUUGAUGAUAUCAGAGUGUAAAUUUGAUAAGUUUCGAGUCUUGUGCAUUUGUGGGACUCGUCUCACGAGUGCACGGCGUCUGUCACGCCUCGAAUUUGGGUUUUGGGGCGUGACAAUAACCCAGCCCGACCUGCUCGUUUGCCAAGUCUAUGUUCAAUCCACCUUCUUUGUCUUGCAGCAGUUGCAGAUUAUCUUCUCCAUUUCACAGCAGCCGAACAGUCCUAAGAUCCUCCUUUCUCGUAUUAAUCACCAGUCUCGUCUCCCAUGGGUAUUCUCUUAAAUAGAGGAAUUUUUGGGUGAUAGCGAGGCGAAUGAUUUGGGCCUAAUUUCGUGGGUGGGAUUCCCUAUAUCAGACUCUGGUUGAUCACCGAAAGUUCUACCAUUUAAUUUUUUUGGAAAGCAUAUUCAUGUUUUGUUUUGUCAUUGGGUACAUUUUUGUAAAUGAUGAUUUAUUAUUGGUUGUUUGUUUGUUGCAUAUGAAAUUAGCUUGAGAUCAGUGUUUGAUU